GUAAAGUCUGCCCGCACUGUCCCCCCCGUGUGACGGCAGCGAAUAGACAGCGCCACUGUGAGGAGCUGCCAGUCCGGGAGUAGCAGCAGCUUCGUGCGGGGACCCGGGUGUGACCUCUCCCUCUCCAGUGACAGCCCAUCACGGACACGCUCCCUGGAGGGGGACGCGCUUACACGGGUCUGCAGCAGCAGAGGUCGCUGCAGGGAGCUGAACCGGUCCGGCGUUCCGGAACACGUCCGGUCCGGCUUACACCAAUUCCCGUAGUAAGGGCUGUGACAGUGUACAGGAAAUACACGAGCAGGGCAGUGCUUGGCACAUAACACUUUUAUCCUGUUUAAAUUCGUAGUAUCGACGGGGUACUGAGCUGCUCCUUUACACUUGGUACAUAGAAGCUUCAGAACGCUAUGACUUCAUGAUACCAGGGAAAGGAUCGUUCUUGACACAUUGCUAGCAGUCCACAUGGAGGAUAAGACCAAGCAAUGCCCAAGGACCACGCAAUACCCAAGCAGUGCUGCCAGGGGCACAAUGGAUUUUUUGCAGGAGGUCUCAGACCCUGGAGAAAUCUUAUUGGACAGUCUGAUCUAUCAGAGACCAGAAGGUGAGGAGGAACCAUACCAAACCCGGGGACAAGCAGUGUCUUCUGCUAACAGCGAGCUGGACAAGGUUCUGGACUGCAUCCUGAGCUCCUCAGCAUCAGGUGGCUCCACCCUAUGGACAGGCAGUGUCACCCCUGUUAUACAUGGGAUGUCAGUAACCUCUGCAACCACAGGUAAGACCCUGGAAGACCCCAGAACUGAUACAGAAGUGUGGAAUGAGACUACAGACUCCACAAAAGACAGAAGUACCCUGGAGGACUGUUCUGGGAAUAGAACACCAAGGACAACUGGGGUCCCAGCUACCCUGACCAGCAGACAUCUAAAUUUCACUGAUAUGUCUGUGUUGCCUGUGUACCUGUCUACCCAGGAGAGGCACCUUGUGGGGACCGAUGGCAGUGACUCAAGGGGGUCCAAUGCUGGAUCAUCACAGCAGUUGUCUCUAUUCCCAAAGCAGAGCUCCUGUUUGCACCCAGACACUGAGCCUGUUGGCAAGGUUAAACUAGAAGAGUCUGAGGUCUCCUUGUUUGCCACCCCAAAAGAGAACACACUUUGCCCGGAUUAUGGAUUACCACACCCAACUACCACAACCUCAGAUGCCAAUCAGUUUUUGGAUUUUAUUUCCUGCAAAACAGAGUCUUCAGCUGUCUACGAACCCUUUACAACCAGUCCUGGCAACUCAGAUGAAAACCCCACAUCUUCCUCACCUCAGAGUCUCUACCAGCCCCUCAACCUUAAUGGGCACCAGCUCCCUGCUUGCCGGUCACUUGGGGUAAAAGAACCAUACCUGUCACAGAUCCUUCUACCCUAUGUACAGUACAUCAGGUCGGAUGAACCAGGUCAGACGUCUCCGUACACCUUUGACUCUUUGCAGCAGAAGACCUGUUUAAUUUGUGGCGAUGAGGCAUCAGGCUGUCACUAUGGAGUCCUCACCUGCGGGAGCUGUAAGGUCUUCUUUAAGAGAGCCAUAGAAGGGCAACACAAUUAUUUAUGUGCUGGACGGAACGACUGCAUUGUUGAUAAAAUCAGAAGAAAGAAUUGCCCAUCGUGUCGGCUUAGGAAAUGUUGCCAGGCAGGCAUGGUUCUAGGAGGUCGAAAGUUCAAAAAGUUUAACAAAAUGAAACCUGGAAGGGAGAUUGGAACAUUUGUGAUACAGCAAUCCACAUCUGCGGAAUGUCAACAGGCUCUGACACGGAGAACAUCUGCAAGUUCAGCUCAAGAGAUUCAGUACAUCCCAGAAUUGCUCCAGAUCUUACAAAGCAUAGAGCCAGAGAUGGUGUACGCCGGGUAUGAUAACACACAGCCGGAGACCCCUAGUGCGCUGCUGUGUAGCCUUAACCAGCUUUGUGAGCGCCAACUCCUCUGUGUUGUGAAAUGGUCCAAAUCGCUACCAGGGUUCAGAAAUCUACACAUCGAUGAUCAGAUUAUCCUCUUGCAAUAUUCGUGGAUGAGCCUCAUGGCCUUUGCCAUGGGGUGGAGGUCCUACAAGCAUGUCAGUGGGCAGAUGCUUUAUUUUGCACCAGAUUUAGUAUUGAAUGAACAAAGAAUGAAAGAUUCGUCUUUUUAUUCCCUAUGUCUCUCUAUGAGGCAGCUGCCGCAGGAGUUUGUCAGAUUACAGAUCACCCAGGAGGAGUUUCUGUGCAUGAAAGCCCUCUUACUGCUGAAUACAAUUCCUUUGGAGGGUCUUAAAAGCCAAAGUCUUUUCGAUGAGAUGAGGUCAAAUUACAUCAGAGAACUGGCAAAGGUGGUUGGCAUGAGGCACAAAGGAGUCGUGGCAAGUUCCCAGCGCUUCUUUCACCUUACUAAAGUUAUGGAUUCCAUGCAUGAACUGGUCAAGCAACUCCACCUGUAUUGCCUCAACACCUUUCUUCAGUCUCGAGCCCUGAGCGUGGAGUUCCCGGAAAUGAUGACGGAAGUUAUAUCGGCGCAGUUACCCAAAAUCCUGGCCGGGAUGGUGAAGCAGCUCGUCUUUCACCAAAAAUGAGUCUUAUUCUGACCUAUUUAUUUAUUUACAAAAAAGAGUUACAAAAAAUAUAAAAAAAUUAAAUAAAUACAUGUGACAUCCGCCAUUACAUUAUCCUACAGUUUUCACGCCACAAUACGGAUAUGAGCUAGCGCUCAAAUCAGUAGAGUCUGUGGGGUAAAUUUACUAAGAUGGAAGUUCUAUUUAAGAGGGGGUGUUGCCCAUAGCAACCAAUCAGAUUCUAUUUCUCAUUUAUCUAGCGCCUUCUAGAAGAUAAUACCUGGAAUCUGAUUGGUUGCUACGGAAAACAUCCCAUCUUAAAUAGAGCUCCAAUCUUAGUAAAUUUACCCCUGUAUGGGAAAUAUUUGAACUUUAUUUCUCUUAUUCCUUCGAGUUCAAGAUCUCCUGGACAUAGGCUGCUAGUCACGAAGGCUGUAGCUGGUCAUUGUAGGCCGCAUAUUUCUGUGUAUGUCUUUAGGUAACCUUUGUUAGCAUUAAAAGGAAACUACUUCCGAAAAGAUGUGACAACGUAUAACGCUAUAACAACAUCUAUGUUUGUUGACAUUGAAACAGCAGGUCUGGGCUUCAUAUUCAAAGCACAUCUGAUGUGCCAUAAAAUGUCUUAGUUUUGUUGCAAAGCGCUUAUAUGGUCCACAAAACAUAUAUUAAGAUGUAAAGGCCCCCAUACAUUACCACUGGCAAUGUCCAGAUCCCCCAGGGCCGGGGCAGGAAAUCAGGAAUAUUAAACGUUUAAAAGUCUCGAUUCCAUGAUACCGACCGAAAAUGGCAACUCAGAGAUUUGUCAUGUCCCUGAUUCCCUGGUGGAUCGCUGAUCUUCAAUGGCCGCCAAUUAGCAGAUCUGACCGGUGGAACGGCGGUGCCACUUGGAUCAAGGCAGUGGCUUUCUGAUGUAUGGGGGCCUUAAGUCUACUAUUCGUUCUUGGUAGAUGACUCACAAAGGAGAAGGGCACCGUCUGUAUUUGUGGAAAAAUCCAAAGACGUUUACUGUGCAAAAGUGUCAAACAUCCUACCACGUUAGAAUUAGCACUCUCAUUAAAUAAAGUGUUUCCAUUUUUCUCUUAAUAUACUUUAUAGUGUCUGGCAUUUGAGACUUUUUUUUACCUCAUUGUGCAAAGUGUGGAUAGAAAAGUGCAACGGGAAGGUACAAAAUGUGUCUCAUUAUAGAACGAGACCUCAUCACCGCCAGCUCAGAGCUCUACACACAGCUGUGAUAUCUCCUAUAAUACACUCUUUCCAAAUCUCCAAUCUAGUUUUAUCACUGCUCCCCAAAAAUAGGGGAAUUGGUGUAAGGGGGCCACAUCAUGCCCCCAGACCAUCCUUGUUCACUGGGGAAAGUGAGUGGGAUCUGGGAAGCUGAGAGUGUGGGAGAGCUCACCGAAACUGGGAGUCUUGCGGACAUUACAGGAAAGAAGAAGACUAAGGGGGAUAUGUACUAAGCAGUGAAAAGAGCGGAGAAGUGAGCCAGUGAAGAAGUUGCCCAUGGCAACCAAUCAGCAUGAAGUAACAUUUAUAAUUUACUUACUUUCAAAUUAUACAGAGCAGCUGAUUGGUUGCCAUGGGCAACUUCUCCACUGGCUCAUUUCUCCAUGCUUAUCACUGCUUUGUACAUUUCCUACCUAAAGUAGAGUUUAAAGUGGACUUGUCACUUAACAUCCUGACAUUAAACAGAUAUCCAAGGUCAUUAACCAAAAAAUAUAUGAUCUAUGUUAAAGCUCUAUGGGGCAUAUUAUCAAUUAUAGUGUUUUAGACCUGAUAAUUAUCAUUUCUUUUUGCCACUAUUCGAUGCAAUAAGAAAUUAUGUACUGGCCAAAAGGACUAAAAAACACAAUCGGGGACAGGGGCUCCGAUAGGAGUGUUAGACGUAAAGUGAUGUGUUACUAAUGCGUUCACUUCACUUCUGCUAGUUUGGGACCAGCAGCCAUUGCCGGGAAAGGGUUCCUAAGGAGCCCUCUCCCAGUCAUUUCUGAAUUUCCUAGUGUAGCCCAUCUGAAGAUGGUGUCAGCUGUCGGGGCCAAUCACCAGGCUGCUUCUUAUAUCGGAAAUGGAGGGACUGUGGUAUAUACAGGAGAUAUCUACAGCGGUUCAUCCAUGUAACAUUCGGGGGAUACUAAAUACUGUAUUUGCCCCUUCAAACCAUGUUUUGGGGAUAUCCUGCAAAUAGUAUUUGAUAAAUAAGCCCCUAUAUCUUCUCCUAGGCAUCUAUAAAUAUACAUUAGUAAUAAAUAGACUGGGAACACCCCGUGUAAUGGUCGCAGCAUGCCUCCUGUGCUUCUAUGGAACGUUAUGUGACAUCGCCAAGCUGACAGUUUUCUCUGUAUAUGCUCAUACUUUCCUACUUUCCAGACAUUUCUAAGGGCUUCCCUGGGGGGAGAGUUAUCAAAGCUAGGAGAGAGAUAAAGUAUGAGUCAAUCAACUUAUGCCAUUUUAUAGACUAAGGGGUCUGUGUGCUAAGCUUUGGAGAGGGAUAAAGUGGACAGAGAUAAAGUACCAGAUAACGUACCAACCAAUCAGCUCCUAGCUGCCAUGUUACAGGCUGUGUUUGAAAAAUGACAGGAGCUGGUUGGUUGGUACUUUAUCUCUCUCUCUCCAAUUUAUCUCUCUCCAAGCUUUGCUAAAUCUCACCCCCCAGAGUCCUAGGAGAGCAGGACACCCUGUUGGAUCCCACAGACUUUCCUAGUAAAGUGGACAGGGAGUUUAUGGCGCGCUUCACUGAAAAUUUCAUAAGGUUAGGUCAUCAAGUUCCCAUGCGCUUUCCCCGUGGAGGUAGAGAAGUCAGCAGGCAGACAUGGGCUCAGUUUGUGACCAUAUUAUCCCUUUUACAAUACCUCCCAACAUGACCCUCUCCAGGAGGGACACAAUGCUCUGCUUCUGGACUUUUCUCUUUCUCUAUGAUUGCCGGCACCUGUGUUGUACAGGUUACUGGAUAAGAAAGGUGUUUCAGCACAGGUGAUGGCAAUCAUACAUUUAGAGGGAAGUCCAGGAGCAGAGCAUUCUGUCCCUCCUGGAGAGGGUCAUGUUGUGAGGUAUGCUUUUACCAGGGACACUCAUGGAUUACACAGGUUCUGUGGCUGACUGACUUCAAGCCUACAUUUCAGCUGAUUUUAAUCAACCACAGAACAUGUGUAAUCCAUGAGCAUCCCAGGUAAAACGGAUAAUAUGGUCACUGUACACCAGGCAUUCCCAACUGCGGUCCUCAAGGCACACCAACAGUGCAGGUUUUAGUGAUAUCCAGGCUUCAGCAGAGAUGGUUAAAUCAAAAUAACUGAGGUACUAAUUAAGUCACCUGUGUUCAACAUGGAUAUCACUGAAACCAGGACUGUUAAUGUGCCUUGAGGACCGAGGUUGGGAAACACUGCUCUACACUAACAGCUAAUUUAGUACCUGAGACAUGGUAUAUAUUGUACUUACUUCAUACUUGCCUACCUGACCCUCUCCGUGAGGGAGAAAAUGCUCUGCUCCAGGACUUUCCUGGUAAUGUAUGAUUGCCAGGAAAGUCCAGAGCAUUUUCUCCCUCACGGAGAGGGUCAGGUAGGCAAGUAUGGCUACAAUAUAUAAACUGUUAAUGUUCACAAUUAAACCAUCAUUACUGUUUGAUGUGUCAGGACAGCUUUGUACCGUGAACAUGUUUUAUCAGCCAGAUUACUACCUCACUGCAACUUUUGCAAAAUACAUUCCUUUAUGUUUGCUACUUCCUUCUUUGCCAGCCACUGCAGAUAUGGCGGGGAGAUUGUCAAUGCUUGGAGAGAGAUAAAGUACCAACCAAUCAGCUUCAACUGUCAUUUUACAGGCUGAAAAAUGCUAGGAGCUGAUUGGGUGGUACUUUCUCACCACUUUAUCUCUCUCCAAGUUUUGAUAAAUCUCCCCCAUGGGCAGCCAAUGUAGUCAUUAGAUCCUAAAUCAGCCUCCCAUUAUACUAUAAAUGGCCCGCUGUAAAUACUCUAAGUUCUCUUUGCAGCAUGUGUGGUCAUCAGCCCACCAGAAAGUAGCGUUUUGUAGAUAAAGCUCAACGUAAGCCGUUUUACUGUUAAACUAUGGAUGUAAUUAUAUUUCUAUACCGUGUCACAUUUUUUCAUUAGCAAAAGUUACUUGUAAUUUCCUCUCAGUGCUACCAAGAAAUGCAAAAGCAAAGUAUCAGUCCAGGUCUCCUUAAGACGUUUUCAAUCUUUUGUGUCAUUUCAGAAUACAUAGGAAAUAGAAUUCUUUCUAUCAUGCACAGAAUUAAUUUCCCUGCGCUAGACGCAAUUACUGAAAUAACAGCCUAUUCCAUGUAGCUUCAGCCUCUGCAAGCUGUUCACACUGAGAGUCAUUUGUACUUUCCAGACACGUCCAUUGCAUUGUACCCCCUGGGAACAGGCGUCCGUCCUGGCAGUUCAAAUUAGCUCUGUGUAUGACUUAUCUAGUGCAGCAUCACUUACAGUAAGAAUGUAUUCACCACGCUUAGCUAAGAUGUAUGUGACUAUCUCUUGAAUACAAUUGUCUGAUUUCUGCUUGGCCUCUGCGAGGCUCUGUGCUUGUCAGGUAUUAAACGUGCACAGACAUUUGGGGCUCGUUGUCAUACCUGGGUAUAGUUGUUGCUCUUUAAAAGUGUUUUUUUUAAUGUAUUAUUGCCUUACAUGUGGAUACGUCUUGUCCUGAACUAGCAGAAAAUAUAUAACAUAUAGGGGGAAUGUAUCAAACCUUAGAAGGAGAUAGACUGGAGAGAUAUAAAGUACCAGCCAAUCAGUCUAUAACUUCCAUUUUACAGGCUGUGUUUGAAGCAGAUUGGCUGAUACUUUGUCCAAGGUUUGAUGCAUCUCCCCCCAUAGUAACCUAUUAGAUAUUAACUAGAGACUGAUUGCUUACUAUUGGCCACUAGGCAUUUGUGAUAAUAGCUGUACAGUGCAUUGUCCAUGACAGUGUGCAAUAUCCAGUCUGUUUUGCAUUAAAUCUGUCUCAUUAAAGAAAAUAUUUCAUGUA